AUGGCAGUGGAUCUCCUGAGCCUCAACCUCAACCUCAACCCCCUCAAUCGCAGCCACAACCUCAUUCCCAAUCUCUGCCUGAGCCUCAACCUCAACUCCAGCCUGAACCUCAACCUCCUCAAUCUCAGCCUCAAUCUCAGCCUGAACCUCAAGCUCCUCAGCCUCCUCAACCUCACACUCAACCUCGACUUGAACCCCCUCAACCUCAACCUCAGCCUGAACCUCAACCUCCUCAACCUCAGCCUCAAUCUCAGCCUCAAUCUCAGCCUGAACCUCAAGCUCCGCAACCGAAGCCUGAACCUCAACCUCCUCAGACUCAACCUCACACUCAACCUCGACUUGAACCCCCUCAACCACCUCAAUCUCGGCCUCAACCUAAGCCUGAACCUCAAGCUCCGCAACCGAAGCCUGAACCUCAAGCUCCUCAGACUCCUCAACCUCACACUCAACCUCGACUUGAACCCCCUCAACCACCUCAAUCUCGGCCUCAACCUAAGCCUGAACCUCAGCCUGAAACUCAACCUCCUCAAUCUCGGCCUCAACCUAAGCCUGAACCUCAAGCUCCUCAACCUAAGCCUGAACCUCAAGCUCCUCAACCUCAGCCUGAACCUCAUAGGCGUCAACCAAUGCCACAUCAGCCUCAAGCUCAGCCUCAACCUCAACCACCUCAGCCUCAACCUCAGCCUCAUCAACCUCAAUCUCAGCGUCAUCCUGAAACUCAGCCUCAUCAGCUUCAGCAUCAACCUCUACCUGUACCUCAGCUCCAGCCUCUGCUUCCUCAGCCUCAACCUCAGCCUCAGCCUCAGCCUCAGCCUCAGCCUCAACCUCAUCCUCAAACCCAACCUCGUCAGUCUCAUCAACCUCAACCUCAUCCUUGGCCUCCUCAGCCUCAGCCUCAGCCUCAACCUCAACCCCAACCCCAACAUCGUCAGUCUCAAGAGCCUCAAGCUCAACCUCAUCAUCAUCCUCAACCUCAAUCUGAUCAGCCUCAGUCCCAACCUCAGUCUCUUCAACCUUCUCCUCAACCUCAUCAUCCUCAACCUCAGCCUCAUCCGCCCCAGCCGCAGCUUCAACCUCUGCCUAGAGUGAAAGCUGAAAAUCGGGAAUCGUAUUAUCGUACUAUUUUCAUUUGUUUGAAGAUAUUCAUGAUUGCAAUCAAUGCCAUUUUAACUGUUGGAGGUUUAAUUUUUCUUGGAUUCGGUGUC